AUGCGCUUCGCAUCAGCCAAACUCGCUCUUAUCUCCCUCGUCACGCUCUUACGCGUAGCAAAAGUAACAGCUGUAACACCACAUCCAAGACGUGGUAGUGAUGAGGAAUGUGACGUGUAUUGUGGGACUGGUCUUGGAUUAUGCAUGUAAGUGCUUGUAAGAAAGAAUUUAAUACUUGUUACUAAUACAUGAAUUGUGUAGAAGUGGGUAUUGUCCGUGCUAAGACUCGACGUCAACUCGUAUACAGAGUCUUUGUUUGCUGCGGGGUUCGUCGGAUAA